ACUUAUCCUUUGGAAGUCUCCUAAUUAAGAUCGAUAGCAGAGUAGAGGAGAAUAAUGAUUGGUCUUCCAGUUUUAAGAGGACUAAAGCCAGAGGGAAUGUAAGUUAAUUAGAAAAUCUGACAUGGCAAGCUCCUCCGCCUCCUCUUCCUGGGUGAAAGCAGACGCUGAGACACCACAAGACCAAGUGUUCAUUAACUUCCGUGGAGACGAACUGCGCUACAACUUCGUCAGCCAUCUCGAGAAGGGCUUAAAAAGGAAAGGGAUCAAUGCCUUCAUAGACACAGAUGAAGAGAUGGGCCAAGAGUUGAAUGUACUGCUGGAAAGAAUCCAAGGGUCAAGGAUCGCGCUAGCUAUAUUCUCCCCAAGGUACACGGAGUCAAAAUGGUGUCUGAAGGAGCUUGCGAAGAUGAAACAAAGAAGGGAACAAAAUAAGCUCGUGGUGGUUCCAAUCUUCUACAAGGUACAGCCUGACACUGUUAAAGAACUGAAGGGAGACUUCGGCGAUAACUUCAGGCAGCUGGUGAAGCCUCCUUUUGACAAGAAGAUCAAGAAAGAAUGGAAGGAAGCUUUACAAUAUGUUCCUUUCCUAACCGGCAUCGUGUUGGAUGAUAAAAGCGAUGAGGACCAAGUCAUCAAUAUAAUUAUUAAAAAGGUUAAAGAAAUUAUACAAAAUAGACGUUCAGAGGUUCCUCCUGCUCCUAAUCACUCAGAAUGCAUUGGACCACGGCCGCAACCCCAAAGACAAAAACGUCAUGAAAGCCUUUGGGGAAUCGAACACCGACUUAAGCAACUAGAGGAAAAGUUAAGUUUUGGAUCAAAGGAAACAACUCGUACCAUCGGUGUUGCUGGGAUGCCCGGUAUAGGUAAAACCACUCUAGCUACUAUGCUAUAUGAGAAGUGGAAUGAUAGAUUCUUGAGACACGUGUUAAUCCUAGAUAUCCAUAAAACUUCAGAGGAAGACGGUUUAGAUUACUUGGCCACGUUACUCUUGCAAGGUUUAUUGAAAGUUGAGAAUCCAAACAUUGAGUCCGUAGAAGCAUACAGAGAUCAACUACUCGAGACCAAAGUCCUUGUUGUUCUUGACAAUGUCAGUAGCAAGGAACAGAUUGAUGCUCUUCUCGGCAAACGCGACUGGAUUAAGAAAGGAAGCAAGAUCGUCAUUACUACAAGCGAUAAGUCAUUGAUGACACAAAGUUUGGUCAAUGAUACUUACCAAGUCCCUCCAUUAAGCGACAAAGACGCCUUAAAACACUUUCUCCAGUACGCAUUUGAUGAUCACGAAGGAGAUGCUCCCGGGCGAGGAAACUUCCCCAAGUUGUCGAAAGAUUUCGUGCACUAUACCAAAGGAAAUCCACUUGCUCUCCAGAUGUUGGGUGCGGAGCUUUUGGGAAAAGAUGAGACUCACUGGGGCUUAAAACUAAAUGCAUUGUUGAAUCAACACCAUAAAAGUCCACCUGGACAAAGCAUUAGCAAGAUGCUUCAAAGGGUCUGGGAAGGGAGUUAUGAUGGACUGAGUCAAAAAGAAAAAGAUACACUUCUUGACAUAGCUUGCUUCAGGUCGCUAGAUGAGAGUUACGUUGCGAGUUUAUUGGAUUCAGAUGGCUCUAGUAAUAUAAUAGAAGAUCUCGUGAACAAGUUCAUGAUUAAUAUUUAUGCUGGUAAAGUAGAGAUGGAUGAUACAUUGUAUAUGCUCUCCAAGGAACUUGGUCGAGAAGCUACUGCUAAAGAUAGAAAGGGGCGCCAUAGGUUGUGGCACCAUCACACCAUAACUGAUGUGCUGACAAAAAAUAAGGGAGCUUCUAAUGUCAGAUCUAUCUUUCUUGACUUGUCUGAUAUAACAAGAGAAAUGUGCUUCCACAACAAUGCUUUUGCCAGUAUGAGAGAUUUACGAUAUCUCAAAAUCUACAGCACUCAAUGUCCUCAAGAAUGUGAAAGUGACAUUAAAUUAAACUUCCCUGAAGGACUCCAGCUACCACUGAAUGAGGUGCGGUAUCUCCACUGGCUGAAAUUCCCGUUGACAGAAGUUCCACAAGAUUUAACCCCGGAUCAUUUGGUUGACCUUAAGCUUCCUUAUAGCGAGAUUGAACGAGUUUGGGAAGAUAACAAGGAUGCAUCAAAACUAAAAUGGAUCAAUUUGAAUCACUCAAAGAAGUUGAACACUUUGGCGGGGUUAGGAAAGGCUCGAAAUCUUCAAGAAUUAAAUCUUGAAGGUUGCACGGCAUUGAAAGAGUUGCAUGUGGAUAUGGAAAACAUGAAGUGUCUUGUUUCUUUGAACCUGAGAAGAUGCACAAGUCUUGAGUCUCUUUCAAAGAUUAAAUUGAUCUCUUUGAAAACACUUAUCCUCAGUGACUGCUCAAAAUUAAAAACCUUUCAGGUCAUUUCAGAUAAGCUAGAAGCUCUACACUUGGAUGGCACUGCAAUAAAGGAUCUUCCUUGUGACAUUCGGAUCCUUCAAAGACUUGUUUUGUUGAACAUGAAAGGCUGCAAGAAGCUGAAAAGGCUCCCUGAAAGUCUUGGUGAGCUGAAAGCUCUUGAAGAACUUGUACUUUUUGGUUGUAUAAAGCUCGAAGAAUUUCCUAAAAGUGGGGAAAACUUAAGCCGUUUAGAGAUUUUGGUUUUGGAUGAGACAUCCAUAGAAGAGAUACCAGAAAUAGUCUCAGUGCGGCAUCUGUGUUUAAGCAUGAAUAAAAAGAUCAGCUGCCUUCCGGAUCUAAUCAAGAUAUUUUCUCAACUUCAGUGGCUUGAUUUGAAGUAUUGUAAGACUCUAACACAUGUUCCUCAGCUUCCACCAAAUCUUCAGUGUUUAGAUGUACGUGGCUGUAGCUUACUGAAAACACUUGCAAAACCACUGGUAUGUUCUACUAUUAACUCCACGUUCAUUUUCACUUACUGCAAUGAAUUGGAACAAGAUGCAAAGGAGAAAAUUGUAGCAUAUGCUGAAAGGAAGUGUCAGUUGCUAUCAAGUGCACUUAAACGAUGCGAUAAGAGUUGUGUUCCUGAGAUUUUUUUCUCAACUAGCUUUCCUGGAUGUGAAAUGCCUUCAUGGUUUUGUCAUAAUGCAAUUGGAUCUAUGGUGGAGUUCGAAUUACCUCCUCACUGGAAUCACAAUAGGCUUUCUGGGAUAGCACUAUGUGUUGUUGUCUCAUUCAAGAUUUCUCAAAAUCAUGCCAACUUGACAGUUAGAUUCUCUUGUGAGCAAACCACUGGAGAGGGCUCUUCCACCAGCAUUACUUGGAAGAUUGGGAGUUUGAUUGAACAUUACGACGAAGUAGACCCGGUUGAAUCAGAUCACGUCAUUAUAGGCUACACUAACUGCUCGGACUUCAUUAAACCUGUUAAAGGCCAAGGUCCAUCUCAAUGUGCUCCGACCAAGGCAUCCAUAGAGUUUAGUGUGACAGCUGAUACUGGUGAGGAAGCUAGGUUUGAAGUUUUGAAAUCCGGUUUCAGUUUUGUGUUUGAACCUGAAGAGAACAAAGUUGCAGUCCCAAGGAAUGACGAUGUCAAAGGUAACACAAAAGUUAUUACUCUAAGUAAUCAUGGUUGUUUCAAGGAUCAAGCAAAUGGCGAUGAAUCACCAAAGGACCAUUGGCAGACCACCACCUACAUUGAAAGUUCUUUAACGUACAUCCCAGAUGAAGCAUAUUCUUCCUAGACAUAUGGUAUUGAUUCCACUCUUUUGUGUUAAAUUCAUCAACUUAAACCCAUAAAAAGACCUUGCCGAGUUCCUCUUUUUUCUCACUAUUUUAUUCACUAGACCUCCUAUGUAUUUGUAUGUAUCUUCGUUGUGCAUUUAUCUCUCUGUUCUGUUCUCAUCUUAUAGAUGAUUUUGGCUUUGGAAUUUAGGGUGUUACAGAAUGGUUUAGGAUUUAAUAAAAUUUCAUGGUAUAUGGUUUCGAUA